GAGACUUGACCUGAGGAAUCUGCUGUCUUUAUUGUUACUGUCUCUGGAGAGUCCUGGGUCGGGGUGGUGGAGACCCUCUCCUUUUUCAUGUUGACCUUCGAUUCCAGAACUUCAGAGCUAACUGACUGGCACAGAGCCCAGUGGGGGCAGGGUGGGGGAGUGAGGAGCAGAGAACUAAACUGUGCAAGAUUCUGAGGCUAAAAGCAAAAAUGGGCUGCUGACUAGAAAUCCCCCCCCCCCCAAAGAGGACUGAGUCAGCUGGAGAUUCAGAGUACUCACGUAGCCCUUACAACCAUCCAAGAGCCCAGAGAAAUCUCUGAACUUUUCUGAUUUGCAAAAGGUUCCUUUGUUUCUGCUCCUGAAGCCCUAGGUUCCCAUGGCUGGAAGGACAGGGUGUGUUGACCUAAGAGACCACUCUCUUCUUCCCAAGGAACAAAGAUGAAGGCUCCUGGAGCCAUUUUAACCCAUUAACUCACCCACCAUCUGCCCAGUGUCAGGUACAGGAAGGGGGGGAAGCUGUGGUAGUGCCAGAAAGUUCUGCUUACCUACGGCAAAGGCGCAGCCCCAUAAGCCAAGAAUAUACAGCUACAGCUGUGCCUCUUCCCUUCCUGAAGGAGCUGAGGAUGGGGAAUUCCUGAGGAUGGUCCCAAGAGGGCCUGGCUCCCUGAGGAAGUGGGAAUACUAGGGACUGACUGUACCUCCGUAUCCUAAACCUCACCAGAGAGACUUUCCAGGAAGAGAUCUUUAGGCGGCUGGACUAGGGCACCAGCCCAGAAGGGGGAAACCAAGGCAGACCUCCCGUCCCAAGAGGGUCAUUGCAACAUGAGACCCAAGAGAGCUGCCAGGGAACCCCAGCCCCGCCUACUGUGCCUGGGUGCUAAUCCCCAGCUGGACCACUCAGGAGAGGGGAUUGGCUGAGGAGCUUGCAGAGGGGGCGUUGCCACUAUCUCACCCAAAGGUUAAAUAGGGGUUCAGGCAAGCAAGCGAGAUGCCUGAGAGAAGUGCUCUCCUUUGCCGGUUCCCUGACCCAGACCAUGACCCAGACCCUCAAGCUCGCCUCCAGAGUGUUCCAUCGCAUCCACUGUGCUCCCAAGCUAGGUGCCUCACUGGGCUCCAGAGGCUCCGACUCAGCGCCCCGGAGCUUGGCGGACAUCCCAGGCCCCUCCACGCCAGGCUUCCUUGCUGAACUUUUCUGCAAGGGGGGUCUGUCACGGCUACACGAGCUGCAGGUGCAGGGCGUUUCGCGCUUCGGACCUGUGUGGUUGGCCAGCUUCGGGAGGGUGCGCACUGUGUACCUGGCGGCCCCUACACUCGUCGAGCAGCUCUUGCGACAGGAGGGGCCCCGGCCCGAGCGCUGCAGCUUCUCACCCUGGGCAGAGCACCGUCGCCACCGCCAGCAGGCUUGCGGGCUGCUCACCGCCCUGUUUCGUUUAGGCUCAGGUAGAACCCCGCCUUUGUCCCCCACCCAUCUCCCUGUCUUUGGAGUCCGCAAUCCUGGAAAUCCGCGGAAGGGGCGAAGGGAAGGAGAAGAAUGGCAGAGGCUCCGCAGCCUCCUGGCCCCGCUGCUCCUCCCGCCUCAAGCGGCCGCCCGCUAUGCCGGGACCCUGGACGACGUGGUCCAUGACCUUGUGCGGCGACUGCGGCACCAACGGGGACGUGGGGCUGGGCCGCCCGCCCUGGUUCGGGACGUGGCAGGAGAGUUUUACAAGUUUGGACUAGAAGGCAUAGCCGCGGUGCUCCUGGGUUCCCGCCUGGGCUGCCUGGAGGCCGAAAUGCCCCCAGACACAGAGACCUUCAUCCGCGCGGUGGGAUCGGUGUUUGUGUCCACGCUGUUGACCAUGGCGAUGCCCGCUUGGCUUCACCGCCUGGUGCCCGGACCCUGGGGCCGCCUCUGCCGAGACUGGGACCAAAUGUUUGCCUUUGCCCAGCAGCACGUGGAGAGGCGAGAGGCUGAGGUAGCCUUGAGGAGCAAGGGAAAGCCUGAGGAGGACAUGGGAUCUGGGGCACACCUGACCUACUUCCUGUUCCGGGAAGAGUUGCCUGCUCCGUCCAUCCUGGGCAAUGUGACGGAGCUGCUACUGGCUGGAGUGGACACAGUAUCCAACACACUCUCCUGGGCUCUGUAUGAACUCUCUCGGCACCCCGAAGUCCAGAAGGCACUCCACUCUGAGAUCACAGCUGCCCUGGGCCCUGGCUCCAAUGCCCACCCCUCAGCUGCUGCUCUAUCCCAGCUGCCCCUGCUGAAGGCAGUGGUCAAGGAAGUGCUAAGACUGUACCCUGUGGUACCUGGAAAUUCCCGUGUGCCAGACAAAGACGUUCGUGUGGGUGACUAUGUUAUCCCCAAAAAUACGCUGGUCACACUGUGUCAUUAUGCCACUUCAAGGGACCCUGCCCAGUUCCCAGAGCCAAAUUCUUUUCGUCCAGCUCGAUGGCUGGGGGAAGGCCCAGCCCCCCACCCAUUUGCAUCUCUUCCCUUUGGCUUCGGCAAGCGCAGCUGCAUGGGGAGACGCCUGGCAGAGCUUGAGCUGCAGAUGGCUUUGGCUCAGAUCUUGACCCACUUUGAGGUGAAGCCUGAGCCAGGUGCUGCCCCAAUCCGACCCAUGACCCGGACUGUCCUGGUACCCGAGAGGAGCAUCAACCUACAGUUUGUGGACAGAUAGUCCCAUGGGAGGAGGCUGUCAUCAUCACCCUUUCUCUCAUUGUAGGGAUUUAUUAGGCACAAGAGCAAGAGAUACGUAUUCCCCCUGAGACCUGCCUAUUUGACCAGACGGGUUAGAAGGACGCUAGCAAACUGCUUGAAGCAGCCCUGACCAAGGUGUGAAAUGUGCCUUGGCCCGACCCAUCAGGCCCUGUGAAAACCAUAGUCCCUCUGCCUACUCAGCUUUUCUCCUGGCCUUAUCAUAUGCAUCCUUCAAGGGCCAGCUUAGAUCUUAAUAAUGUUGGGUGGCCUGAGGAAGGGUUCAACCACUGCCCUUUGGGGGCUUCCACAGUGUUCAGGAGCUGCUGGGUAAGCACUUAGCACCACGUGAGCUCAGUAAUUAUGCAUCUGGUCUGCACCUGCUUGGUCUUCCCUUCUUGCAUGUGAGCUCUUUGAGAGGAAGAAUGAGACCUUAUUCAGUCUUUAUAUCCCCUAAUUGGGUGAUGCCAUACGGGUUCUCAGAUUGAAUCUGGACCAUGUGGCAGAAGGGAUAAGCAGCUUACCAGACUCUGUCUACUCUUCUUCUUCCUCAUCUUGCCCCUGGCAAGGUGAGUCUGCCCUCACCUGGUUUAUGAUGUUUUAAAACUCUCCUUGACUCUCUGGUCACUAUUAGAGGUUCGUUUGUCCCACCAUUUAGUUCCUGGGCAGACAUCUUUUGGCCUUAUACCUGCUUAAGCCUUCCUUUUAUAUAUUGGAAUUUUUUAAUAUUCAUAGUUUUGAAAUAAAAGAAUGAA